AUGGACUCCAAUAACCCUCCCGAAGACCCGUUUCUCCUGCUUCUCCCAGAAACUAUACGUGGCUUCGGAAUGCAUGAUAAGAAGUGGAAGGAGCUUUCGGUUGAGCACAUUCGCCCUGUCCAAUGGAACAAAGAUGCCUUUGAACGCCAUCUCGUCCUCAAGCCACAAAAGAAAGAGCUUAUAAAAGCUCUGGUCACUGUUCAUAUGGCUAGCAGCAGCUCCUCCACAACCGAUAUCAUCGAAGGAAAAGGGAGAGGGCUUAUCAUCUUACUGCACGGUGGACCAGGCACGGGAAAAACCCUCACGGCAGAGAGCGUGGCAGAACUCGCCGAGCGGCCCCUCUAUCGAGUGACAUGUGGUGACAUGGGAACCGACGCUGAAAGCGUUGAGAAGUACCUCAAUUCCGUCUUGCACAUUGGCACCAUCUGGGGCUGUGUCGUUCUCCUGGACGAAGCAGACGUCUUCCUUGAAGAACGCUCACAAAUGGACUUGCAGCGUAACGCACUAGUAUCUGUCUUCCUCCGUGUGCUGGAAUACUACGAUGGCAUCCUCAUUCUAACAUCUAAUCGAGUGGGAACUUUCGAUGAAGCGUUCAAGUCGCGCGUGCAGCUAGCAAUGCACUACCCCUCACUAGACGAGAACGGACGUUGGGAGAUCUGGCGGAACUUCGUGAACGUGCUCAAAGAUGAAGGAGAUAGCGUUAAUUAUGAAGAACUGAAGGAUAAGCUUGAUAUAUUGGCUAGGCACAAGCUCAAUGGAAGACAGAUCAGGAAUUCGGUCAGCACAGCGAGGCAGCUUGCAAAAUAUCGGAAGGAGAAGCUUGCGUAUAGCCAUUUUGAUCAGGCCAUUGAUGUCACGAACGAGUUUGAGGAGUAUGUGCUUAAAACGCAUGGGCACGACGAUGAGGAAUGGGCCAGGUCCCAGAGGACAAGGUAUUGA